CAACAACAACAACAAAAACAGUGGGAGGGGAAAAACUGUUGGAAAAAGUAAUCAUCGUUGCAAUUGUUUCACAUUUUUCACAGGGCGGCGCAGAGGGGAAGACGAAUGCCGGCUUUGAUGAUGACGACUGAGGUGAGAUGGAAGUCCUUUUUGGGCCACCCACUUCUACUUCUACUUCUACUCAUCAUCGGGAUGCCUGUAGUCGACAUUUUCCCGCUUCCCAAUUUUCCUUUUCUUAUGACUAAUGGCUAGCAACUGAAAUCGAAUUGUGGGUCUCGAUUGGAGCUUCAACGAGCUUAAAGAGUUGUAGAAUCUGAGAGCAACCCUUAGCAACCCCAUUUUCCUGGUAUUUUUCUACAUUUUUAAUAAUACACCCGAACGCAGUCACUUCAAAAAAGGCGGAAAACUCGAGAAAAACGGGAAUAUAUUUAAGCCCGCUUGAACAUGAAAAGCCAGACGAGUUUAAGGAGGAUGAGCUGCGGUUCUGCGGACAUCGUCCGCUGAAACAAAAGCGAAAUUGUCAACUCCUGACGAAAAGGAAAGGGAAACGCAUGUCAAAAUUUGCGUGGGUUGUCCGCGGACAAUGGCAAAUUUUUCCGAAAGAAGGAUGCAUCGAUGGGGAAAAGGGAGUUUCUGCGAAAAGGGAUGAAAAAUCCACAAUUAGGGAUUUCAAGGGCGGUUGCGUUCGCAAAAAAAUUGCGGCUUAACUGGAGAUAAAAAGGGCGGAAGCAUUGAGCAAACUAAUAAUAAUAUUUGAAGCUAAUCGAAAAUAUUCCAAGGAUGGUAAACAAAAUCAUAGCUUUUUAAGGGCUUACUUUACUUUUGCUUUUAUUGUCAAAAAAUCAGAAUUAAAAAAAAAGGGAUUAAAAUAGCUUACAAAAAUGAAGUUUGGCAAAACGCUUGAUACUUUGAUGGUUCCCGAAUGGCGGUAUCAGUACAUGAACUACAAUGAGCUGAAGGCCAUGAUAAAGAACGCUGUGGAAAGAGCACCCGAUGGAAGUCAGUCAAAUAAUGCUGUUCUAAUUGCUUACUACUCGGAUUUCAAGAAACUCUUUUUCCAAACCUGCAACAGGGAACUGACCAAAGUAAACGACUUUUUUGCCCACAAACAGGCUGAGGGGCAUCGCAAGUUGGCCACUCUGAAUUUCCAGCUAUCACUUGUGACCCGUCGACGUAAUCAACAGGAUUCAGGAUCUUUGACUUCUAAGGAAUCCACAACUUCAAGAGCUCGCCGGCCGGAGGAUAACCGCAAAAUGCCGUCGAUCAAAAAACUCCGUCUUGCCAUGAGCGAGUUUUACCUUAGCCUCAUAAUGCUGCAACAUUACCAAACACUAAACAUAACUGCUUUUCGCAAAAUCUGCAAGAAGUACGACAAGAAUUUAAAGUCAGAAUCCGGAUUUGAUUGGUAUGAGCGUUUUGUAGAGAGAGCACCUUUUGCCAGUAACACUCAACUGGAUCGGAUGAUAGUGACAGUAGAGGAUCUAUAUACUAUUUAUCUGGCCAAUGGAGAUCGAUCAGCAGCGAUGACAAAGUUGAGAGUGCCGCCUUUGGGUCAGCCAACUGCACCAAUUCACGUUUUUUGUGCAGGACUCUUUUUGGGUCUCUUUUUCGUUGGUGCAAUAUUUUGUCUGAUUUUAUAUUUCACCCUAAACCAGACCCCAGAAUUUCGUUACACAUUUGCUCGACUUUAUAGAGGACCCAUUUCAAGCGUGACUUUUGUCUGCUUGUUGGCUCUUAAUAUAAAAAUCUACGAAAAAGUGGGAAUCGAUCAUGUCUUGAUAUUCGAAGUGGAGCGAAGAAAUGCCAUGGGUGCAAUAAGAUCCUUGGAAGUAACCAGCUUCUUGGGAUAUUUGUGCACUUUGAGCAUUUUGCUAUAUUUGCUUCAUGACGAUUUCUCUAUAAGUGAACCAUAUUAUAUUCCUCUGGCUCAGUGUGUAAUUGUGCUUGUCCUCUUCCUCAACCCAAUACACAUUUUGAUGUAUUCCUCGAGAAUCUGGUUAAUGGCUACUAUAGGAAGAAUCCUUUUGACCCCGUUGUUCUUUGUGAAUUUCGUGGACUUCUGGCUGGCAGAUCAGUGGACCUCGCUGACAAUCACAUUGGUGGAUCACUAUUACCUUAGCCGAUUUUAUGUGAAAUAUCUUUUGGGUCGAACUGAUGCCUUUGAGUUCGAGCCUGAUUAUGUAGUUCCUGUCAUUCGGUGUUUGCCUGCGUGGAUACGACUUUGCCAGAGUUUUAGGCGAUUUAGAGACAGUGGAUCGAAGUCAACGGAUUAUUUGAUCAAUGCAUUAAAGUACUUUCUGAUCAUUGCGGAAGUAGUCAUUCACACAAUCAAAAUGAAAACAAAUUCAAAGUACGAUAAUAUUUUUGAAAAUUCCUGGACUUGGGCUUGUUUAACGAUAUGCAUUGUCUCUUCAAUUUACUCCCUAUUUUGGGAUGUGCUAAUGGAUUUUGGUUUGUUUAGAGUUUGGAAAGGCAAGAAAAUGUUUUUGCGCGAAAAUCUAGUUUAUCCAAAGUGGUUCUACUUCUUUGUGAUUGUGGAAAAUACACUCCUACGAUUUACCUGGAUCUUGGAAUUGGUUUUGGUUUAUCAGGGGUUAAUAACUCCUCAUAAUGGCCAAACAAUAAUUUGUUUUUGCGAGAUAUUACGACGCUUCUUUUGGAAUUUAUUACGCCUGGAGAAUGAGCAUCUAUAUAAUUGUGGACAGUUCAGGGCUACAAGGGAUAUAUUUAUAACCAGAUUGGAUCCACAAGAGGAGAGGUUCUUGGAGGAUAUGAUGGAUGAUCGGGAAUUAAGAAAGGAAAGGCUAAAUAAGAAAUAUUUCUAAAAUGCAUUUUUACAUUCUAAAGGAAUUGUGUUUUUCUUAAAUAGAAAUAUACUCUUUAAUAUUGAUUUAAAUUAAAAUAUCAAAAGGUGUUUUCUGAAUUGUAUGCCUAUUUUGAACACAUUUUACCAUCAAGUGGAAAGUUCUGGACACCCACUUCUCCACCUGCGAAUGUCUUUAUUGAAUUGGCCACAACUCCUUUCCCAACUUCUCGCUCCGCUUCGUUUGCCAACAAUUGACAGUCAAUGAAGCGCUAACACCAGACCUAAACUCCGGUUGCCAAGGAUGUGCUCACCCUUUGCACUCCUGCCACACAAAUUGAAUAAAAUUAAUCUCACAUUUACGAAAUUAAAACCACAAAUGGAAUUAUAAAUUCAGGACAGAGGAGCAGACCAUGUGGAAAAAACCAAGCCCGCAGGACAACAAAAGUUAAGCCAGACGAGGCUGAGGACAACAAGGACUUGACAAUUUGCCAGUGGCCGAGUGCAGUUUAGCUGGAGCAGCGAGGAAGCAGGCAGGACAGGAUGUCCUGGGGGAUUGCGAAGGCUCCUUGUUCAUGGUCACGCAUAAAUGCAUG